AUCGGAAAUAAAGAAAAAAAAAAGAAAAAGAAACAAAAUAUAACAACACGGAGGUUUCGUCUUUCAGACCAACAAGAACAGCAACAACAAGAGAGGAACGAACAGAGAGACACACACAAACUCUGAGAGAGAGAGAGAGAGAGAGAGAGAGAGAGAGAGAGAGAAUGGCAAGACUAGGAGGGUUUUUGGUGUGCCUCUUGAUCGUGGCAAUGGACAUCGUAGGUGGGAUUCUGGGCAUCGAAGCAGAGCUUGAACAAAACAAGGUCAAGCACUUGAGGCGAUGGAUUUUCGAGUGCAGAGAACCAAGCCAUGCAGCUUUCAAGCUGGGAUUAGCUGCAGCAGGACUUUUGGUUGCAGCCCAUGUUGUUGCUAACUUGAUUGGUGGAUGCAAUUGCAUUUGCUCUCAAGAAGAGCUCCAAAAGGCUCCUCUUAAUAAGCAACUCUCUGUGGCUUGCCUCAUCUUCACCUGGGUCAUUUUUGGUGUUGGAUUGGCCACGCUGGUGAUUGGGACUUGGUCAAACCACAAGAAAAGAGCUUCAUGUGGCUUCACACACCAUCAUUCUCUGUUAAUUGGAGGGGGCUCGUGUUUUGUUCAUGGCCUGUUUUGUGUAGCAUAUUACAUAUCUGCCACUGCAUCCACUGACUAAUACCCAGUUCAGUAUCAAUCAUUCAGUCCCUUAAUAAUAUGUUUCCUUUUGCCAAAUUACUUUACUAAUCCAUCCUUUUCAUGCUUACACACCAUGCCUCCUGACUGUGAAAUGACAAUGCUACCCUUUACCACUCA